AUACACAGCCACAGGGCAGGUGAGAAAGCCAAGUUUCCAGAGGAAAAUCUACAUGUAUAAGAAGACCGGAGUCACAACUUAACAAGAGUCGACCACAGCUGACUGGCAGGUAGUUUCAGAAGGAAUGUGGACUACAGCAGGAGAGAAGUCUUACCCGAGUAAGCCGGCACUACCCUCAAGCAUAAGUAUGACUUUCUAUUAGCAAGCUGACGGGGCAUCUUGUGACUUUUUUUGCCCAAGAGAAGAGGAAGGGAGUAGUGAAUGAAUGAUGGCACCAAGCCAGUGGAGCCUGUGCUGUUUUUCCACUUUUCCCAGCUUUGACAGUUAUGAACAAGAACGAGACAAGAAGACAACUGUAAAUAAAGCCAAGAGAACACGGCACACAGCCUGAAGGAAAGUAAUUACCACAGCUCUGUUUCACUCUUGAGUUACUUGAAAUACAGUCAGUUGGGUUUGUGGACUCUAUUCUUUAGACGGCUACCACACACACACACACGCACACACACACAGACUCAAGUGUUUUUGGACUGCUGUGGGCGAAAGCCGCUAUGGAUGUUGGUUUAUCUUCUUUGCGUUCGGAGGCAGUGGGAGCCUUGAGGACAGCGCUGGUGUCUGCUGAGAACUUACAGCUCACUCUGAAGACUGAGCUCAGUCAGGAAGAACAGGCCCUCACACACACCAAAAGUAGCCCCAAGGAGACACACAAAGCCGGGAAUGAAGACCUUAAAGAGAUGUUGGAGAGCAACAAGGAGUCGCUUAAACUGGAAGCCAUGAAAAGGAUUGUUGGGCUGAUUGCCAAAGGGAAAAAUUCAUCUGAGCUGUUUCCUGCUGUUGUGAAGAACGUUGCCAGUAAGAACAUCGAGCUUAAGAAGCUUGUAUAUGUGUACCUGGUGAGGUACGCGGAAGAGCAGCAGGACCUGGCUUUGCUCUCCAUCAGCACCUUCCAGCGAGCCCUCAAGGACCCAAACCAGUUCAUCCGGGCCAGUGCGCUGAGGGUUUUGUCCAGUAUCCGGGUCCCCAUAAUUGUCCCCAUCAUGAUGCUGGCCAUCAAGGAGGCGGCAGCUGACCUGUCCCCAUAUGUCAGGAAGACAUCGGCCCAUGCUAUCCAGAAGCUCUACAGCCUGGAUCCAGACCAGAAAGAGCAGCUGAUCGAAGUGAUAGAGAAACUAUUGAAAGACAAAAGCACACUGGUGGCCGGCAGUGUGGUGAUGGCUUUUGAGGAAGUGUGUCCAGAUCGCAUUGACCUGAUCCACAAGAACUACAGAAAGCUGUGUAACCUGUUGGUGGAUGUGGAGGAGUGGGGCCAGGUGGUCAUCAUCUCCAUGCUGACCCGCUAUGCCAGGACGCAGUUCACCAGUCCCUGGAAGGAGGGUGCCAUGUUUGAUGAGAAUAAUGAGAAAACGUUCUAUGACUCUGACUCAGAGGAGAAAAAAGACCAGACGGAGGCAAAGCCCUACAUCAUGGAUCCAGAUCACAGACUCCUGCUCAGGAACACCAAACCCCUUCUGCAGAGCAGGAACACUGCUGUGGUGAUGUCUGUCGCUCAGCUCUAUUGGCAUUUGGCCCCUAAGCAUGAAGUCAGCAUUGUCACUAAGUCACUGGUUCGACUACUAAGAAGCCACAGAGAGGUGCAGUACAUUGUGCUUCAGAAUAUAGCCACGAUGUCCAUUCAGAGGAAGGGGAUGUUUGAGCCCUUCAUGAAGAGUUUCUAUGUGAGAUCUACAGAUGCCACACAUAUCAAAACACUGAAGUUGGAAAUCCUGACCAACCUGGCCAAUGAAGCCAACAUCUCCACUAUUCUGAGGGAAUUUCAGACAUAUGUGAAGAGCCAGGACAAGGCGUUUGCGGCGGCCACCAUUCAGGCCAUCGGCAGGUGUGCCACCAACAUCUCCGAGGUGACAGACACUUGUCUCAACGGUCUGGUGCUGCUACUUUCCAACAGAGACGAGACGGUGGUGGCUGAGAGUGUGGUGGUGAUCAAGAAGUUGCUUCAGACUCAGCCCACCCAGCACAGUGAGAUCAUCAAACACAUGGCUAAGCUCUUUGACAACAUCACUGUCCCCAUGGCCCGAGCCAGCAUCCUGUGGCUGAUGGGAGAGUACUGUGAGAGGGUGCCAAAAAUUGCACCUGAUGUACUCCGUAAGAUGGCAAAGACUUUCACAGCAGAGGAGGACAUUGUGAAGCUGCAGAUAGUCAACCUAGCAGCCAAACUCUACCUGACCAACUCCAAGCAGACCAAGCUGCUGACCCAGUAUAUUCUGAACCUCGGCAAAUACGACCAGAACUAUGAUAUCAGAGACCGAACACGCUUCAUAAGACAGCUAAUAGUGCCCAACGAGAAGAGCGGUGCCCUCAACAAGUACGCUCGACGCAUCCUACUGGCUCCCAAACCAGCCCCAGUGCUUGAGUCUGCCUUCAAAGAUCGAGACCGUUACCAACUGGGCACUCUCUCCCACAGCCUCAAUACUAAAGCUACUGGAUACCAGGAGCUGUCAGACUGGCCAGAUGUUGCUCCUGACCAAUCUGUGAGGAACGUGGAGGUCAUUGAGCCAGUGAAAGAGUGGGCACCGUUAGUUGGGAAGGCUAAGAAACCCAAAUCUGAUAAGUUCUACUCUGACGAUGAAGAGGAGAAAGAAGAGGAAGGAUCUGAGAGAAGUGGCAGCGAAGACAGCAGCAGCAGCAGCAGCAGCAGCAGCAGUGGUGAAGAGUCGGGCAGUGAGAGUGAGGAGGAAAGCAGUGAAGAGUCAGAAAACACCUCCAGUGAUUCUGGAAAGAGUUCCAGUGGAUCUGAAAAGAGCUCCGUUGAAUCUGAAUCAGAACAAAAAAAGAAGAAAAAGACCAAGAAGGCACCGCAGAAGAAAAGCAAGCCAACAGCUGCUGACAGUGACUCCGAUGAAAACGGCAAUGGACCUGUAGCCCAAGCUAGCAGCUCGUCAGCUGAAAGCUCCUCCGACUCAGAGACAGACUCUGAGGAAGACUCUGAUUCAGACUCCCUCACAGCUCAGAAGAAGAAGAGUGAUGUGAAGUCUAAACCCAAGGUGGAAGUGAAGUCCAAGAAGGAAGUCUCCUUGCUGGAUCUAGAUGACUUUUCUCCUGCUCCCACAAACGCACCAAAGUCUUUGGUCCUCUCUUCGAGCCUGCUGUCCGACCUCGAGGGCCUGUCUCUCUCCAACAUCUCCUCCUCCGUGCAGGUCACCACUCCAUCUUUCGGGCCUGUGAAAACCUAUGAGCUGCUUCACCAUAUGACAGGGAAAGGUCUGUCAGCCAAGUAUCAUUUCCCCAGGCAGCCCUGUUUGUACCAGCCCAGUAUGGUGUCUGUACAGGUCAUACUGACCAACUGCUCAGACCACAGCCUGGAGGAGAUCCACAUAGGUGACCGAAGCCCAGCGAGCCUUAACAUCCACUGCUUUAACACCAUUGAGCGGCUGGAGCCAGAGGCCUCUGUGACUGUUUCCAUGGGUAUUGACUUCAGCGACUCGACACAAGCAGCCAACUUCCAGUUGUGCACCAAGGAGGACCAGUUCAGCGUGUCCAUCCAGCCUGCUGUGGGAGAGCUAUUAAUGCCCAGUAGCAUGACAGAACAGAACUUCUGCAAGGAGCAAGGUAAGCUCCUGGGCAUGAAUGAGACCUCAGCAACUAUCACCAUGGCAACAGCAAACACCUCCAGCCAGGCCAUCAGCAAGCAGGUCCUGUCUGUGGCCAAUGUAGGAGUGGUUUCAUCCAGCCAAAACGACUUCCACAGGUUUGCUGGGCAGACAGUCAGCAGCGGAGCCCUGGUCUUGGUGUCGCUGGAGCUGAAGGAGUCCUCCACUGCCCUGCUUACCAUCAACACAGAGAAGAGCGUCAUGGCUUCCAUGUUGCUCCGAGACCUGAAACAAGCCCUCACCCAAGCGUAGAUCCCCCCCUCCCUACUUCCUUUAGUAAAGGUAAAGGGGAACAGCACUUGAUUAAAGAUUUCAUGUAUUUUAUUUCUGUGGUUUAGGACAAUUCAGGCAGUUCUUGAAAACAUGGCACUUUUAUCCAAAAUACAGAAACCGAAGAACUAGAGCUUGAACUUGUGCGCUCAUAGAGAAUGAACUGGAAACAAUGGAAGAGCAUUUGUGCAGCGUUUCUUAUUUUUAUGGUCUGUAGUUUUGGACAGGAUUGUCCUGAAUCGCAGGAAUAACUUUGUGAAAGUCUUGAAUAAAGUGAUGAUCCCCUUGGAAACACACAGAAGGCAUCAUAGACGUGAUAAUACAUUUUAAAAUGUGACUCUUACCUUCUCCUUUAGAAGUCGCACACCUAAACAUGACACUACUGGUUCAUCUGGGCAUUUACCUCAGUGGUGACUAUUUCAAUUUCAUGCCAUUUGUGGUUUUGACCAAGCAUUAUUAUAUACAAACAGCUGUGUACAUUAAUUGUGGGAGAAAGAGUACAUCACUGCCCUACUCACAGUGCUACAGGCCAAUUUGUCUGUCCCUCUUCAAUGUUUAUACAAAUUGAGAUACUCCACUACAGCACUGAUGUCUGACUGUAUUUCACUGGCAUUUGUGGCAGAUCCAAGCGACCCUGUGUUUGCAUUGAUGGACUUUGUUCUUUAGUGCCAAAAAAAAGAGAAAAGGAGGAUUUCUCCACGCCAUUUAGACCGAUCUAAACACAACUCAUUACAUUAUAAACCUUUUGGAAGCUGUUGCAACACCAAACUAGUCUCUGUCCCUGAUGGAGUUUUACAUUCCAACCUUUACACUGCCCCAAAUCACAUUUGUUAAAGUGCCUUCUAUGUGAGAAUAAUGUUAUUUAGAAAGCCAAACAUAUACAUUAGACUUAAAUCAACAAGGUCUUUUUAUCUGUAUCGCUUUUGCUGAACAAUAAAAAGUGAAUUUAUUAAAACGGUAAA